GGCGGUGGCGCAAGGCGCGGCGCCCGGAAGCGGCGGCAGCGCUGUGAGCCGGGCGCUGGCUGCCCUUCUCGCGGGAGCCCGGGGCGCGGCGGCCGCGCUGCCUGCGGCCCCUCCGCGCCCCUUCCGGCCCUCAGGAUGUGGCGGACACGGGCGGCGGCGGCUUGUGUCAUCUGCCGGAGUCUAGCAAAUAGCAGCUAUGGAAUAAAAAGAAAAUCACCACUUCAAAACUUACAUCUUGUUUCCCGAAGUAUACAUCAUCCCUGCUAUCCAAGUUCAAAAUUUCAAAGACGUCCAUUAAGGAUAUCCAUUCAGCUGUUCUCUUCUCUAAAUCGUCUUCCCCUACGCAAAACAAAACUUUUAAAUGUAAAAUAUGGAUACCAGUUCCACAGGAACUUUUGGCUAGCUAGACUAGCAUCAAGGCUUCUCAAAAUCCGCUACCUUAUACUAGGAUCUGCUGUUGGUGGUGGUUAUACGGCUAAGAAGACAUAUGAUCAGUGGAAGGACAUGAUGCCAGAUCUCGAUGAAUAUAAGUGGAUUGUUCCUGACUUCAUUUGGGAGCUUGAUGAACAUAUUGACUUCGAAAAACUUAUCAAAGCCCUUCCUGAUGCAGAUGACCUUGCCAAACUUCUGCCUGACUUUGACAGGAUUGGAGAGAGCUUCGCUGCACUGAAAGGAUUUUUUUCUCCUGGUUACAGUUUGGUUAGUGAAGUCAUAGGAGCUUCUGAUCUACUUCUGUUGUUAGGUUCUCCAGGAGAAACGGCAUUCAGAGCUACUGACCAGGGAUAUGACAAUGACAAACAGUACAAAAAGGGCCUGCUUGGUGAACUCAUUCUGUUACAACAACAAAUCCAGCAGCACGAAGAGGAAGCACGCAGAGCCGCUGGACAAUAUAACAUGGGCUCUUCCCAGCAGAAGCGAAAGGUUUCUGACAAAGAGAAGAUUGAUCAACUUCAAGAAGAACUUUUACGCACUCAGCUCAAAUACCAAAGAAUGCUUGAACGAUUAGAGAAGGAGAACAAAGAAUUAAGAAAACUGGUGCUGCAAAGAGAUGACAAGGGAAUUCAUCAGAGGAAGUUAAAGAAAUCUUUGAUUGAUAUGUAUUCUGAAGUACUUGACAUCCUGUCUGAUUAUGAUGCCAGUUAUAACACUCAAGAUCACUUACCUCGAGUGGUGGUGGUUGGAGAUCAGAGUGCAGGAAAAACCAGUGUGUUAGAAAUGAUCGCCCAAGCCCGCAUAUUCCCUCGAGGGUCUGGGGAGAUGAUGACACGAUCCCCUGUUAAGGUAACCCUUAGUGAAGGUCCUCACCAUGUGGCUUUAUUCAAAGACAGCUCUCGGGAGUUUGAUCUGACCAAGGAAGAGGAUCUUGCAGCUUUGAGAAAUGAAAUAGAAAUCAGAAUGAGAAACAGUGUGAAGGAAGGGUGCACUGUUAGCACUGAGACAAUCUCCUUAAGUGUGAAAGGUCCUGGUUUGCAGAGAAUGGUAUUGGUCGAUUUACCUGGAGUCAUUAGUACUGUGACAUCAGGUAUGGCUCCAGAUACGAAGGAAACUAUAUUUAGCAUCAGCAAGGCCUACAUGCAGAAUCCUAAUGCCAUCAUCCUUUGUAUUCAAGAUGGAUCAGUGGAUGCAGAACGCAGCAUUGUCACAGACUUAGUCAGCCAAAUGGAUCCUCAAGGAAAAAGGACAAUUUUUGUGUUGACUAAAGUUGAUCUUGCUGAGAAAAACGUGGCUAGCCCAAGCAGGAUCCAACAAAUAAUUGAAGGCAAACUCUUCCCAAUGAAAGCUUUGGGUUAUUUUGCAGUUGUUACUGGAAAAGGAAACAGCAGUGAAAGUAUUGAGUCUAUUAAAGAAUACGAAGAGGAAUUUUUUCAAAACUCAAAGCUGUUAAAGACAUGUAUGCUGAAGGCACACCAGGUAACAACAAAGAACUUAAGUCUUGCUGUGUCAGAUUGCUUUUGGAAAAUGGUGAGAGAGUCAGUGGAGCAGCAAGCAGAUGCUUUUAAAGCUACACGUUUCAAUCUUGAGACUGAAUGGAAGAACAAUUACCCUCGGUUACGAGAGCUUGAUAGGAAUGAACUCUUUGAAAAAGCAAAGAAUGAGAUUCUUGAUGAAGUCAUAAGUUUGACUCAGGUCACACCAAAGCACUGGGAGGAGAUUCUUCAGAAAACUUUGUGGGAAAGGGUAUCUACUCAUGUGAUUGAGAAUAUCUACCUUCCAGCAGCACAGACUAUGAACUCUGGGACAUUUAACACCACUGUGGACAUCAAACUGAAGCAGUGGACUGACAAGCAACUGCCUAAUAAAGCAGUAGAGGUGGCAUGGGAGACUUUGCAAGAAGAAUUUUCCCGUUUCAUGACAGAACAAAAAGGAAAAGAGCACGAUGAUAUCUUUGAUAAACUGAAACAAGCUGUCAAAGAAGAAAGCAUUAAACGACAUAAAUGGAAUGAGAGAGCGGAGGAUAGCUUGCGAGUAAUCCAGCACAAUGCCUUAGAAGAUAGGUCAAUAUCUGAUAAACAGCAGUGGGAUGCAGCUAUUCAUUUUAUGGAAGAGACACUUCAAAGUCGUCUGAAAGACACUGAAUCUGUUAUUGAAGAUAUGGUGGGUCCAGACUGGAAAAAGAGGUGGCUAUACUGGAAAGGACGCACCAAAGAACAGAAUAUUCGUAAUGAAACAAAAAAUGAACUAGAGAAAUUAAUCAAAUGCAAUGAAGAACAUGCAGCUUAUCUGGCGAAUGAUGAAGUGACAACUGUCAGAAAGAACCUUGAAGCAAGAGGAAUAACAGUGGACCCAUGUCUGAUUAAAGACACGUGGCACCAAAUUUAUAGAAGAUAUUUCCUGAAGACUGCUUUGAACCACUGCAAUCUAUGUCGAAGAGGCUUCUAUUAUUAUCAGAGGCAUUUUGAGGACUCAGAGCUUGAAUGUAACGAUAUUGUCCUCUUCUGGCGAAUACAGCGAAUGCUGGCAAUUACAGCAAACACAUUGAGACAGCAGCUUACUAACACUGAAGUCAGGCGCUUGGAGAAGAAUGUAAAGGAAGUGCUUGAAGAUUUUGCUGAGGACAAUGAAAAAAAGGUGAAGCUUCUAACUGGCAAGAGGGUCCAGCUUGCAGAGGAUCUUAAAAAAGUUCGGGAAAUCCAGGAAAAACUUGAAGCCUUCAUAGAAGCCCUCCAUCAAGAAAAGUAGAUUGUUCAAGCAGCAACUUCACACAAGAAUGCAGCCUUUUCCAGAUUACCUUGCACCAAGAAGACUGAAUAGAAAAGACUUUUGUGUCCCAUUCUCUUUCCUGUGUUUUGGGGAGCAUCGGGAAAUGUUGUGGGAGAAAGAAAAUGUCUCAUGGGAUUGAGAAUUUCAAUUAAAAUCCAUCUGCUUUUUUAAUUUUUGAAGGUACAUGCACAUAACAGAAGAAUCUGACUUGUGUGUCAAUGAGCUUGGGAGCCUGUGGAAGUUGUACAUUUAAGGUGUCUCUUUUUCCUGGAAAAAUUUUAUUUUUGGCAUCUGUCUUACAUGGUAGAGCUGGAUCAAAUUCGUAAAAUAAUUUUAUCUGUUGUAAUUUUCUUGCCUGCAAAUGAUCCUGGGAGUUUGACACAGUUUUAGUAUUUGUAUGUACAUUAAAAUGCCCUUCAAAGUAAUACCGUUUUAAUUUGUUAUGCUCUGUGUUGAAGCAUUCUCUGGUCACUCUAGUACAGAUUUAAAAGCAUGAUAUUGAGAUCUCGAGAGGAAGUUGUGGAUUUUGUUAAAUUCCUAAACCCUUGAGAAACAUCAUCCAGGCAGUUCUUGUAGUGCUUUCAAGUGAAAGUACAGUCACUGACACCUUAAAAGGUUUGGCUCAGGAAAUAAUGUCAACAGCUGCUCCUUUUACUUUUUCCUUCCUAGUAUAUGUUGUGAGUCUUGAAUCAUAGCCAAUUACAUUUCAUUUUUGGGAUUGCACAGACUCUGAUUUCCUUGUUAACCCCUCCCUUCUCCAUAGGUACAAAGUAACCUGACUGAGUACAUGUGAAAUGUAGAAAGACGCUCUGCACAAUUCAAACUUGUCCAACAUCCCUAACUAAAAAAGGAAAAAUAUAAUUAGUUUUACUUUUCUUAUAGCUACUGUAAGACCAAAAUUGCUUUUAUAAGAAUGUUGUGCGUAAGGUUGUUCCACACCCGCUUGAUUUCUAUUAUUCAGUAUAUUAAAAUAAUAAAAACAGUCUUUCUUUUACUGCCUUUCAGUUCUGCCAUAGAAAUGUGAUUUCAAACAUUAUAUAGGCUAUGUAUCAGAGGUGCCUGGUGGUUAAUCACCACUGUAUUUUUCUGUCCACACUUUGCCACAAAAGAUUUGAAUACACUUCUGAAUACUUCUGUGGAAGAAGAUAUUAGGCCUGAAACUGUUUGAUUUGUAGUUAUAUGAUUAUUUGUCUGUUAUGCAGUUGCUUGACCUAAGUUUGGUUUUCCCUUUUCAAAAUGCUAUUGGUUUUGAUUUGUUGCAAUUGAAAGAGAGGAAUCUUAACAUUUUCCAAUGGAUACUGUUUCUGUUUGCUCUCAGAGGAAACAGUACUAAGUUUGGUAAGGCAUUCCCAAAAUGUUCAAACAUAAAAUAUUUAGUCAGGUAGACAAAAAGUUAACAGAAAAUUCAGAAAAUGGUGUUGAAAGUUUAAAUAUUUCAAGGUGAUCUAACUGAAUGUUUGGGAAUUUUCUGUUUAAAAUUACUGGCUGAAAAUGAGUGUUUGAGGAUGGAGAAAUGAAAAAAAAAAAAAAAAUGGCUUGUCACCAUCAUUCUCUGAUGAUAACUUCAGAAAUGUAAGUUUGCACAAUACUGAAGGCAGAGUCCUUAGGCUGUGUAGCAAAUGAAAUAAGUCUGUACUUGCGUUAAAUCCCUCUUUGUAAAAAAACCCAACCAAACAAAGAAAACAAAAAAAAAAACCCAAAAAAAAGUUUUGCAUUUAACCAGCAAUCACCAUUUGAAACUUGUGUAAUGUAAAUGUUGCAAAACAUUGCAUCCAGUGGCCUAGCAUUCAUCUCUUUAGUGUGAUGUUCCUGUAGUUUUAGUUCCAGCUUCUCUGUGCUGCUUAUCUAGGACUUAGCAUGAUGUAUUCCAUGAAAACUAGGUAUUUAUUGAAUAAAAAUGUAACUGAAGGAAUAAUAAAAUGUGGGUUUUGAACACAGUGCUAUUGCAGCUAAUUUGGAAGUCACUUUGGCCUUCUUUUUCUCAUUUGUUAAAUUGUGAAAUAUAUUGUUAAUGCUAUUAAAAUGUUUAAUUCAGAAGCGCUGUGUCAGCACCAAGUUAGUGGUAACUGUACUGUUAUCUUUUACUAUAUAAAUUAAUGAUUACCUUACCAUUUGUGUAAUACAUUUACACAAAGAUGUCUUAUGAAAAAACAGUAUGUUAAAAGCUUAUCUCUCUGGAAGUUUACAUAAUGAACUGAUAUAAGAAGUAUAAAUGAAGGUUGUUUAUGGAGUGUUAGUUUCAGGUGCAUUUAAAAUAAAUGUGCUUACUGGGACAAUGGGUUUAAGAAUAUAGAGCAGUCAGCUUACCAAGCCAUGAAUUCAGGAGUAUAUCUUUUUCCUUUCUUUUUUUCUUUUAGAUAAAGAAAAAUUUUACAAAAUCCAUGUGCUGCAUAUUUGCUCCACAUACCCUGAAUUGCAGACAUGGGCAUGUUAGGAUCUGUGAAGGAUUAUAACUCUACAUUAACUUGAUUUUAGAAUUAAAGUAACCAAAAAUGGUCUUGACAAAUAAGGAACAGGUAAUUCUAUCUUGGUUUUUAUAGGAUUUUAUGUUAAGGUUAGAGUAUCACGUAACUUCGUUAAGCAUCACUUAACAAGAGGAAAAAUGGGCUUAAAAAGUGCUAUUGACCACUCCAGAAUUGCUCCUUGUAGGAAGUAUCUUACUAGAUAGUUAGCUAUAGUUAUGUUAAACAGUAGAAGAAAGAUGUUUAGAUAGUAAACACAAUUACUUGGACUGUUUCUAAAAUUCAUUUGAUGUUGAAAAGUAUGUUAUUUCAAACUUUUGCACAAGUUCAGGAUAUUUUUCUGUAUUACAUAUACUACCUUCAGACUCUGUGUAAAUCAGUUUAUUGUAAGGAGCAGACUAAUCUGUCAUUUCUGUGGUUUUUUGAGUUUGAGGAGGGGAUCAGCAAAUGCAAAAUUAAUUAUUCCAUAAAUGGAUAUUUUAUUUUCAAAAGCGUGUUCCUUACUUUCAUGUAGAUAUGGCAAGAUAUUUCUGGAUUGGAUGGAAUGAGAUGUUUAUGAGCCAAGGAUUAAAUAUUAAUGGCCAGGACUGUUUCUGUCAGUUCUUCACAAAAAAUGCAUAAAUGGUGGUUUUUCAAAUGUCAAGAAUCAUUCCUUGAGAGGUUAUUCAUAAGCUCAUCCUAAGUUAUCAGACCACGAGAGAGGAAGAAGCUUGGAAAGAUAUAAAGUGUCAGAAGCAAGCAUAGUCAAGUUCUUAGUUACUAUUACAAAUGCACAGGUAUGUUCUGUUUCUUACCAUCAAGGAUAUGUUCAUCAGUUUUUUGACUCUGUAUUAUGAACCUAAACUGAGUUAUGAUGUAUUUCCAAAAGUAAAGUUCAGAGAGCUUAAUUUUAGUACAGCUUAACUGUAACUUAGUAGCUCUUAACAAAGUUAAAAAGAUGCAAGACAUUUCAUUAAUUAGUUAAGAAAUGCUGAAAUAUGGGAUCUUUAAGUCUGACCCAGGGCCCCUUGAGUCAGUUAGAACUCUUUGUUCUUGAAUGCAUUUGGUCCUGGAGAUGUCUGUAAGGUAUUUUUAUGUCAGUGAAGGUGUUGGUGUUUGAAUCAGCCUGCAAUGAUACCUCUGUUUUUGCAGAGUUGCAGUGUGAGUUUUCUUUGACUGUUUGGAAUGUGUUUCUAGGUCUUGAGGUGCUGUAGGAAAUGUUCCAGUCAUGCUUCUUCACAUGGAUGCUAUGUGCAGUUGUGAAGAUCACCGCACAAGAACUUAGCAUGUAUGGUUGUCUGAAAAAAACCAGCAGCUAAUAAACUCACUUCUUGUACUUUCCUUUUACUUUCAUUUCCUCGGGAAGCAUCUGACUAGGGAACUUUGAGUGAGAAGCAGAAACCUGCCCAUUUCCAAAGCCUGGAGAGAAAGCAGAGGCUGGACUACAAUUCUGAUUACAAACUACCAUGCUAGUCUGAAUGACUGUAUUUCCAGCUAUUGCUGUCUUUUGUACAGGCAUGGUUCUUGAUGCUUGAUUUCCAGGUUAGGAGGUGUUUUAUGAACAUUGAUCACCUGCAUAAUGGAACUAAAUAUAUUUUUCUAUAGAGCUUAUUAAGUGGCUUAAAGAGGAAAAAAAAAAAAAACCAACUGUCAUCUUGACAUGAAGAUUCUGAGCAACCUUAAAUCUUGAAGGAGUCUGUCACCUUACUGGAUGGGAUGUCCUUGCAGAGACUUACCAUCUCUGAGGUACUUGUUUAGUUUAUUUUAAUUUUUGUCAGUUUAGAGCUGUUGGAUCCUGUUCUGUUCUGUAAUCAGUUUAGUAAUCCAUCUUCCCUUGCUGAAAUCUUUACAGACCAUGAUCAAUUACUUGCUGAUUUUUAUUCAUUAAGAUAAACAAUACACAUUGUGAAGUUCCUGCAAGAGAGGUCCAAUGUAGUCCAACUCUUGAAGCUGUAGUUUGUUAGAAGUGCUGUAUGCUCCCUAUGGCUGUGAUCACAGACCUUUUACAGAACAAGGCUGUUGUCAAGAAUUCGGUAUAAAAUACUAUAUAGAAACAAAGGGAAGAAGCUGAAAAGAUGUAGCGAUUGUAAUGAUUGUGUAUGCUGCAGUGCUAGAAUGGAAACCCCAUACAGAUGUCUGUGUACACAAGUCUUGCUUGUCACUGCUAUCACUUCAGUGAUGUAGCACAUUAGAAGGUGAAAUUAUUCAAGUUGUUCUGUAAGAAACGCUAAAAGUUACAGGCAUGGUUUUAGGUUUGGCUAUAGAAGUAAUUGAGGAAAUAGUUCUAAAGCUUCUGCAGUGACUUGCGAAACAGCUCUAGAGCCAGGCUCAAACUGUUCCAGAAAUUUUUCUGACAUUGACUCUACGUAAGUUUUUGGUGUUGGUGCCAUCAGUAAUCUGGAAAAUGUUUCCAGAAGUACCUCUAGAAGUGAUUGUGGCCAUAAGGCUGAGCGUUGAGUCUGGCAACUGUUGUAGCAUUUCUUGAAUUGACUCUCAGUUGGGUUCUAGAUAUGGUUCUGGAGCUGAAUCCAGAAAUUAGCUUGCCAUUGACUGGGGGACUGAUUCUGGAAUUGGCUGUAGGUAUUGUUCUAGAGCCAAUUCCAGAAGCAUUUCUAGAGAUUUCUGCAGAAAACUGCUUACUAUACAUAGCUUCAAAUGGUUACAUGUUUGUGUUGAAGAACACUGAUAGAAGGCUGUUUUAUUUGCUGCUGUUGGAAGACUGUAGGGCCUAAGAGGACUUCCAGAGCACUGUAUCCUAACAUACGUGGUGAUCUCACAAUCUGACUUCAAAAUGGAUUUCUGAACAACCCUUGGUAGGGACAACCAACAAGAGGAGCUUUGUUUAAGGUUUUCACCCAAAGGACAGUGAUGAACUUU